CAACAAAUACGCGCAAGUCCAUUGAAAGCUCUGGAUCUGUUAUUUCGCCCAUUCAUCGAGGGACUUGUUGUUCGCGAUCUCUCCAAGUCGAGAUCUUGAAUCCAUCCUCACCUUGUAGCUCGUCGACGGUUGGCUCCGACGAUCAACGCAUACCCCGAGUCAACACAGUCACGAGGAGCGAUACGGGAGACGACUACAGACGACUGCACAUACAGGUCUUGGAUUUUUGAUGGCAUGCCCGUGUCCAAGACAUUUGAGCGCAUACAUCCGGCAGCGACUUCCUCUUGAACCACAAUUGCGAUUCUGUAAGCAGCUUGCUAUUCAUCAGACGUCAAAAGCCAGUCGUACUCCUAGAUCAGCGAGCAGUACCCGUCACGUCUGCUGCCCUAUCACCGCUGGCACCUCGCCCAGCGCUCGUCCAACAUGCCAGGCGUAAAUUCCAUCAAGCUAUUGACGGGAAACUCUCAUCCCGAGCUUGCGCAGCUGGUUGCGGACAGGCUGGGCAUCGAGAGGACACCAUGCAUCGUCAAGAAGUUUGCUGACCAGUCUAUCGACGUUCGAAUCGGCGCUUCGGUGCGAGACGAAGAUGUUUUUGUGCUGCAAACCUCCAACUCAUCGGCUGUGGAUGCCAACGACAGCUUGAUGGAGCUUCUGAUCCUCAUCAGCGCCUGUCGGACUGCUUCAGCACGACGCAUCACUGCAGUCAUCCCCUGCUUUCCCUACAGCAGGCACGACAAAAAGGACAAGUCCAGAGCACCCAUCACGGCCAAGUUGGUGGCCAAUAUGAUCAGUGUCGCUGGUGCUGAUCAUGUGAUUACCAUGGAUCUUCAUGCGAGUCAAAUUCAAGGUUUCUUCGACAUCCCUGUGGACAAUCUGACUAGCGAGCCUAGCGUCGCCAGGUGGAUCAGACAGAAGAUUCCAGACUUCAGAAACUCCAUCAUCGUCUCGCCCGAUGCUGGUGGUGCCAAGAGGGCCACAUCUUUGGCUGAUAUCCUCGGCGUGGACUUCGCCUUGAUCAAUCGUAACCGGAAAAGGGAACAGAAUAAGAGGCUGAGAGCAGCUGCGGCUAACGCCUCCAGUCUGAAUGCCGGAGUCAGCAGGGCAUCGUCCUUUUCUGAUCUGCAAAGCGGACUCAGCACGCCAAUGACAGGAAGUUUCAUGAUGGAGUCCACUUCUGGAGUUGCGCACCCCAAUGGCAUCGCAGGUCCUACCACCCAUGCGGAUAGAGUCAAGCACGAGGCGCUGGGCACCGCUGCACCGCUUAAAGAUGUCAGUGACCAGCUCUCCAGGCUCAGUGUCGGCGCAGAAGGCAACGCAAAUUUGUCGCUUUCUGAGCGCACGCCACGACCUGAAGGCCUAGAGCCGGCUUUCGAACCUUCUUCGGGACCCAUCGAUAGCCUGAGAUCCGGACAGCCGACCAUGUUGGCUUCGUCAUCCUCGUCUGCACUCACCACUCAGGAUGAUGAUGGAGAGGAAGCAGAGACGAAGAUGGAGAUUCUGGUGGGAGAUGUCGCCGGUAAGGUUGCCAUUCUAGUGGAUGACAUGGUGGACACUGGACGGACGCUCGCGCUUGCUGCUAAGACUUUGAAGGAUGCAGGCGCUCGGGCAGUCUACGCGCACAUCUCUCACGGCCUCCUGUCGGGUCAAGCUACGAACCUGCUCAGGCGUCUAGACCUGGAGAAACUGGUGGUGACCAAUACCAUCCCGAACAGCGACAAGGCGGAAAAGAGCAACAGCAAGUUGGAAGUGAUGGACGUAUCGGCAGUCAUCGCGGAAAGCAUUCGUAGAACUCAUAAUGGAGAAAGCAUAAGCAUGCUUUUCGAUGCAAACCUCUUACUUUGACUUGCCUCUGGAUUAGAAAUGAUCAUCUCGCUGUCGUACUAUAAUUUGAAUAUCAAUAUUCUUGGCAC